UUUUAUCCGCUUCGUAGCCAUCUCCGAAACCAUUAGUUCUGUUCUUGUGUUCCUUCCUCCUCUCUCUCUUUCUCUCGAGUUUUGGAUGGAGAUGUGAGCUUCUUCUUCUUCUUCAUCCCAAAACAACGAAAGAGAAAACCUUUAUAUACAUUCAUAUGGCCGCCCUUUCUCUCCUCUCUCCAAUUCCUUCCUCUGCCUCUCUUCCUCCUAUUUACUCCCUAUAUCACUUCAAAGGAACCCUUCAAAGCAACAAAACCUCCUCAACCUCCAUUUUCAGCGGUUUCAGAAGCUCGUGGAGCCUGAGGAAUGAUUCCAAGGCGGAGAAGAGGCAGCUUGGUCUCAUGGUUGCUAGAAACGGUGGAGGAGGAGAAUUGGAUGAUAUGGAUGAAGGCCAAAUCGAAAACAUCUGUGGUCAAGACGAAGAUGACGAGGAAUGGACACAAGCCCAUGCUUCUUCUUCUUCCCCUGAGAGAUGGGAUGUUCUGGGUCUCGGCCAAGCCAUGGUAGAUUUCUCUGGAGUUGUGGAUGAUGCGUUUCUAGAGAAGCUAGACUUGGAAAAAGGAACGAGGAAGCUGAUUAACCACGAGGAGAGGGGUAGAGUCUUGCAAGCAAUGGAUGGUUGCAGCUACAAGGCUGCAGCUGGAGGGUCCUUGUCCAACACUCUUGUUGCUUUGGCGAGAUUAGGUUGUCCUUCAAUCACUGACCGCCCUUUGAAUGUCGCUAUGGCUGGUAGUAUUGCUGGUGACCCUCUCGGUAGCUUUUACAGGACUAAAUUACGGCGAGCAAAUAUAAAUUUUCUUUCUGCUCCAAUCAUGGAUGGAACAACAGGGACAGUGAUUGUUCUCACAACUCCUGAUGCACAGCGUACCAUGCUUGCAUAUCAGGGAACAUCUUCUGUGGUUAAUUAUGAUUCUUGUUUGGCUAGUUUGAUAUCCAAGACAAAUGUCUUUGUUGUGGAAGGCUACUUGUUUGAGCUUCCUGAUACUAUAAGGACCAUAACCAAAGCCUGUGAAGAAGCACACAGAAACGGAGCCCUUGUUGCUGUGACUGCAUCAGAUGUGUCUUGCAUUGAGAGGCACUAUGAUGAUUUCUGGGACAUUGUGGGCAACUAUGCAGACAUUAUAUUUGCCAACAGCGAUGAAGCAAGAGCGUUUUGUCACUUCUCCGCAGAUGAAAGCCCUAUUUCAGCUACAAGGUACUUGAGCCACUUUGUCCCAUUUGUUUCAGUGACCGAUGGAAUCAACGGGUCAUACAUUGGAGCCAAAGGAGAAGCCAUAUACAUUCCUCCAUCACCGUGCGUGCCGGUUGACACGUGUGGUGCUGGAGACGCAUACGCUUCAGGGAUCUUAUACGGUAUCUUGAGAGGUGUCACUGACUUGAAAGGAAUGGGAGAGUUGGCUGCUACGAUUGCAGCCACUGUGGUUGGUCAACAGGGAACCAGGCUUAGGGUUCAGGAUGCGGUAGAGCUGGCUCGGUCACAUGACUUCCGCCUCAACAGUGUUGGAACUGAUGUUGGGUCUUGAUCAAAUCUCUCUAGCCUGUGAUUUUUAUUUAGCUUUGAUCGAUUCUUUGUUUCUAUGUAGUAAUGCUUUUGCAACUAACUUGUAAUAUCUUUUUUCAUGUAGUGGAAAACAUUGGAUUAUUUGUUGUAUGUAACAUUUUAGUAUAUAGCCUCUUGUCACUCUGUA